CCCUAUGUCCUUCUCCGGGUCACGUUUCCUCCGAGGACAAGAAAGUGAGAACCUCUUCCGGGUGCGGAACCUGGUGGCUCCUAUUGUGAGGACCACAUUUGGAGCCGGACUUAGGGGCACUUCCGUUCACACCUCCGCUUUUUGGCCGGCCCGCGCGGGCAGAGUAUGGGCUCCGCUGGCCUGGCGCGACUGCAGGGGCUCUUUGCGGUGUAUAAGCCCCCGGGGCUAAAAUGGCUGCAUCUGCGGGAUACGGUAGAGAUGCAGCUUCUGAAAGGUCUCAAUGCCCGGAAGCCUCCUGCCCCAAAACAGCGUAUUCGCUUUUUGCUGUGCCCCGUGGAAGGCAGUGAAAAGAAGGAAUUGACCCUCACAGCCACCAGCGUGCCCACCCUCACCGACCACCCUCUGGUUUGUGGACCAGCAUUCAGCAGCCUGAAGAUUGGUGUGGGACACCGGCUGGAUGUCCAGUCUUCAGGGGUGUUUGUGCUCGGCGUGGGACAAGGAUGCAAACUCCUCACCGACCUGUACGACGCUCAUCUCACCAAGGAUUACACAGUUCGAGGCCUGCUGGGCAAAGCCACGGACAACUUCCAGGAGGACGGGCGGCUGGUGGAGAAGACGACAUAUGACCACGUGACCAGAGAGAAGCUGGAGCGGAUCCUGUCCGUCAUCCAAGGCUCCCACCAGAAGGCCCUGGUGAUGUACUCCAGCCUGGACCUGCAGUCCCAGGAGGCCUAUGAGAUGGCUGUGAGAGGCAUGAUCCGGCCCAUGGACAAGUCUCCGAUGCUCAUCUCCGGCAUCCGCUGUCUCCACUUCUCGCCUCCGGAGUUCCUCUUAGAGGUGCAGUGCAUGCAUGAGACACAGCAGCAGCUCCGGAAGCUGGUGCACGAAAUUGGCCUGGAGCUCAAGACCAGUGCCAUCUGCUCGCAAGUCCGGCGCACGCGAGAUGGCCUCUUCACGCUGGACGAUGCCCUCCUAAGGACCCAGUGGGACCUGCACAGCAUCCAGGCCGCUAUCCAGGCUGUAGCCCCCCGGGUGGCAGCAGAGCUGGAGAAAAACAUGAGGCCACAGUUGGGCACCCAGCCGCUCCCCAGUCCUGGCUGGCCUUCAGGCUCCAAGGACUUGGGCUCUGCCUUGGGGCUGGAGAGCUGUGUGGGGCACUGAAAGGCCAAUUACAGUAAAGGCUCAGUGUUUAGGAGCUGGAACUGAUAAGUGUGCAGAAAAUAAGUACAGGAAGCUUAGCAAAUCCCCAGUCUGGGAGGCUGAAGCAGGAGGAUUGUGAAUUUGAGCCCAGCCUGGGCAACUUAGCAAGACCUUAUCUUACAAUAAAAAAUAUUAAAAGAGGGCCAGGGAUUUAGCUCAGUGGUUCUGCUGUCUACCUGGCAAGUGCAAGGACCCGAGUUCAAUCCCCAGUACCAUAAAAAAAAAAAUAAAAUAAAAUAAAAGAGGCGAUGGGGAUGUAGGUCAGUGUAGGGGCCCAAAAUUCAACCCCUAUUACUGGGGUGGGGGGAGAAAAAGGCUUGUCUACAUUAGACGUAAAACUGAAGCUGUAAUAGAAUCAACGGGCUUGACCCAGCUGAACAGGAAAAACUGCUGUAUGGAGGAGAAGAUGAUAAACAGACUCGUAAAAAUAUUUAGUUUUGGGCCGGGGAUUUAGCUCAGUGGUUCCAGUGCCUGCCUUGCAAGCGCAAGGUCCUGAGUUCGAUCCCCGGUACCAAAAAUUAAAAAUUAAAAUUAAAAAUUAAAAAAAAAAAAAGGACUAAAAUAUUUAGUGUUGGGCUGGGGAUUUAGCUCAGUGGCGUCGUGCCUGCCUCCCAAGUGCAAGAUCCUGAGUUUGAUCCCCAGCACCAAAAAAAAAAAAUUUAGUGUCUUGCUGGUGGCUAUGGUGAACCACACCUCACCUUAGUCCCAGCUGCUUAGGAAGCUGAGGGAGGAAAAGCGUAACUUCAAGCCCACCCUGGACAAUUUAGUGAGAGCCUGUUUCAAAAUAAAAAGGGCUGAGGUGGGCCGGGGAUUUAGCUCAGUGGUUUCGCUGCCUGCUGCGCAAGUGCAAGGAUCCGAGUUCGAUCCCCGGUACUAAAAAAAGAAAACAAAACAAAAAAAGGGCUGAGGUGUAGUUCAGUAUAGAGCACCCCAGUACCUCCCACAAAACUGCAGUAUUGUUAGGAGUAAAUAUCCUUGAUAAAUAAAUAAAGGGUUCUUAGCAAUAAGAAAAAGAUGAUAAGGGCUGGGGAUUUAGCUCAGUGGUUCCACCACCUGCCUUGAAAGCUCAGGGUCCCGAGUUUGAUCCCCGGUACCAAAAAAAAAAGAGGGGCUGGGGAUUUAGCUCAGUGGUUUUGCUGCCUGCUGCACAAGGACCCAAGUUCAAUCCCGGGUACCAGCCCCCCCCGCCCCCCCGCAAAAAAAAAAAAAAGAAAAAAGAAAAAGAUAAGAUUGGGUGAAUGAUUUGAACUCAAUAUAGCAAAAGAAAUUCAAAUGGUACAGGUUGAUGCAUGCCUGUGAUCCCAGCAUUCAGAGGCUGAGGCAGGAGGAUCAUUGUGAGUUGGAGACCAACGUGGACUACAUAGUGAGUUCAAGGCCAGUCUAGACUAUAGGGAGAGUCUGUCUCCUCCCUGUUAAUGGAAGAGAACCAGAGGAAAAUGAGAAGUUUGCCUUGCCUUUCAGAGUGGGAAAAUUCAUGAGAAUGUCCAGUGUUGGUGACCAGAUGAGAAAGUGGACCCCCUGGGGUGCUGGGAGGGACAUCAGACUGUGGUGUUGCAGGUCCUUUGGUAGUGGGCCAGCAUUUAACACCCCCGCAGUUCCUCUCUCGGCUGGAUAUAGACAGUUCGUGGCUGUGUUGGGACAGUGAGGAGUCAGGAAAUGUAAUUAACUGUUCCUCAGGAAGGGACUGGUUCAAUAAAUAUGGAAUAUAAAGCACAAAA